AUGUUUCCAAAUGGUACUUACAAAUCGACUUGCAGCCCUCAAAGAAACCGACGACAUCAACGAAGCAACUGUACAAUUCAGCAAAGCCGUGAAGGAAUGCACGGAUGCAAUUUGUCCAAUAAUACGACAAAGAGCACAGUCAUGGAUCUCAGACAAAAGUCUGGAAUUGGUGACACAAUGAGGCAGUGUAAGCUCACCAAUACGACGCGAUACCGACAACUUAACAAAGAGAUUCGCAUCCGACUCAAGAACGAACGGAACGCGUACUGGAGCGAAAUAGCACAAGAACUCGAAGAUGCAGCACAUCGACGAGAGUACCGUUCUUUAUAUACAACUUUACGCCGGUUGAGAGGCAAACUGAAACGUACCAGUGACAGCAUCAAAAAGGCUGACGGCAAUUUUGUCCUAUCCAACAACGAACGGCUCAAUCGCUGCAAAGAGUAUUACCAAAAUCUUUACAAUCAUCCAGCUCCAGGAGGUAAUCCAGCUAAUUCACCAUUUCUACACGACAGUACAGAACCCAUCAAAGAAGAUGAGCCUAGCAUUGCCGAAAUCACAUCCGCAAUUAAGCAGCUAAAAAGCGGAAAAGCUGCUGGACCAGACGAAAUCGUCGCUGAAGCACUCAAAGCUGGAGGUAAGCCAUUAAUCGACCGUCGCCAUUCGUUGCUUCGAAUGAUCUGGCAGUCCGACAGCAUACCAGGUGCAUGCAAACAAGCGGUAAUCAUUCCACUGUUCAAGAAAGGGCAUAAUCAAGAAUGCAAAAAUUACCGUGGAAUCAGCCUACUUUCAAUCGUGGGCAAAGUCUUCAUGAAAGUGAUUCAACAACGACUUCAGUCAAGACACGAACAAUUGGCGCGGGAAAAACAAGCUGGCUUUCGUCUGUGGAGAGGUUGCUGCAAUCAAGUAUUCACACUACGGCAAUUGCUUGAAGAACGUUUUCGUUGUGGCAAGAGACUAGUUACUGUAUUCAUCGAUUUCGCCGCUGCAUUUGACAAUGUUCACCGACCGGCACUAUGGAGAUCACUUGUCACUGAGGGUGUUCCUGACAAGAUCGUACAUUUACUACAACAGUUGUACGAAGGAACGAAAAGCUGCUAG